AUUCGUACCAUCACAAAUCCCGCAGAACUGACGAGCGCUAAUGGCCCCUCCUCCCCUGGCGGCAGCGCCACCGCCACCGCCCGCCGCCGCCCUCGUCCACCACUACACCCGCCUCCUCUUCGCCGCCGCCUCCGCCUCCGCCGCCGCCUCCCUCCGCGCCCUCCUCCCCAUCCACGCCCGCGCCGUCGUGCUCGGCAUCUCCGCCAACCCGGCCUUCGCCACCAGCCUCAUCACCGCCGUGGCCCCCGCCUGCCUCGCCUACGCACGCAGGGUGUUCGACGCCGCGCCCAGCCGGGAUGCCUACAUGUGGAACACCCUCCUCCGCGCCCAUGCCCACUCCCGCGCCCACGCCAGGGACGCCCUCGCGCUCUACGCGCGGAUGCGCGCCGCGGGCGUGGCGCCCGACCACUACACGUACCCAAUCGUGCUCCCGGCGUGCGCGGCGGCGCGGGCGCCGCGGCUCGGGCGGGCGGCGCACGGGGACGCCGUGCGGUUCGCGCUGGCGCGGGAUGGGUUCGUGAGCAGCGCCCUGAUCUCGAUGUACUCCCAGGAGGGGGAGGUGCGCGACGCGGAGCGCGUGUUCGCGGAGAGGGAUGAUGCCCGGACGGUCGUCUCGUGGACGGCCAUGGUUGCUGGGUACGCGCAGAACUGCUUCUUCGGCGAGGCAGUCACGUUGUUCAGUGACAUGGUUGCUGCGGGCGUGCUUCCAAAUGAGAUCACCCUGAUCAGUUUCCUGCCCUGCUUACGGGGGCAAGAAUGGCUGCCUGUUGGGGAGAUGGUUCAUGGAUUCGUCGUCAAACUGGGAUUCGAUGCAAACGUUCCCAUGGUGAAUGCGCUAAUUACGAUGUAUGGAAGGUGCGGAAGUGCUCCCGUGGCAAGAGUUCUGUUCAAUGGGAUGAGUAGCCGCACUCUGGUUUCUUGGAAUACUAUGGUUGCGAUGUAUGAGCAACACGGUGAUGGGGUUCAGGCAAUCAAGUUUUUCCGCAGGAUGCUUACCGAGAAGGUGGGGUUUGACUGUGUGACUUUGGUGAGCGUGUUGUCUGCUUGUGCGCGCUCGGGAGCCCUUGGUACCGGGAAGUGGGUGCAUGAGCUAGCCAGGAGUCAUGGGCUUGACACUGAUGCAAGGAUUGGCAAUGUUCUUGUAGACAUGUAUGCAAAGUGUGGUGAGAUUGCUUAUGCAAAGGAGGUUUUUCAUUCACAUGGUUUGCGUGGUCACAGUGUUGUGUCCUGGAGUGCCAUGAUCAAUGCAUAUGCCAACCAUGGGGAGGCAGAAGAGGCUCUCAAGCUCUUCUCCCUGAUGAGGAAUGAAGGGGUGAGGCCUAAUUCAUUCACAUUUACAGCGGUUUUAAUGGCGUGUUGCCACUCAGGCCUUGUCGAUGAAGGACUGAAGCAUUUCAACAGCAUAGCCACAGACUACCAAAUGUCACCAACACUUGAGCACUAUGCUUGCAUGGUUGACAUGCUAGGACGUGCUGGUAGACUUGUUGAAGCAUAUGGAAUCAUUAGGGGAAUGCCGAUUCGGCCUGACAAGUGUGUGUGGGGUGCCUUCCUUGGUGGUUGUAGGCUUCAUGGAAUGGUGGAGCUAGCUGAAUAUGUUGCAAAGGAGCUUUUCGACUCAGGAUCUAAUGAUGUAACAUUUUAUGUUCUGAUGGCAAACAUGUACUUUGAAGCUGGAAUGCUGGAAGAUGCUGAGAGGAUAAGAGGAGUCAUGAAAGAGAUGGAGCUAAAGAAGACAGCUGGGCAUAGCUUAGUUUGUACUGAUAGAGAAAGAAUAGCUGUCGUAAGGUAGCAGACUAGUAAAAUUGUACUACUGAUGCUAAUUAGCUUAUCUGUUGCUAGCUUCGUAUGUAGAUUAAUUCUUUGAUAGUUGAGAUAUUCAAGAGUACCAGCACUUUCUUUUGGUGAGUGGCUUGUACUACGGUCUUUAUUGUGAAGGCAACAUAACUUCUACUGUCUUCAGACCAAUAGCAACUUUUCAUGGCAAUGUUGUCCAAUCCUGGGUGUCUAUUUGGUGCAAUAUCCAUGAUUUGUUUUGGUGCCUCAGCUUGAAGGUAUGUUCUCUUCUGUAAGCACACUAAUUGAGGACAAUGUUCAACCCAAAGUGCCUACCAAGUCAUUCAUCAAGAAACAACUGACCAAAUAGUAAGCCUUUAUUUUCUCAAUGAUAUUCAUGAGAACACUAUCAACCCAGGAAGGAAAACUAAGAACAUUAUCUCCAGAAUUCAUUUCUUGUGGAGAACUAGGUUCAAAUGAACUCAUAUUCUUUACUUGUGCCUACUCUAGUUCUAAAAAGGGAGCUAUUUUCCGAGACUAGUCUUGUGCUGAAAUCCCACGCUUAACUAUUUCCAAGAUGGGAGGUCUAUAGCUCAUUCAUUUUGCUCUUCUGUUUGCAACCACUAAGAAAGGUACUCUUAUUUCCCGUGAAUGAUGAAUAUUAUUUGAUAAUACAUGCUCUGAUAGCCUACAUGUAUAUGCUCAUAAUCCUACAAUAUUGUUUUAAAAAUAUAAACUGGGAAAUAAAAAUGAAGGAAAUUCGUUUCAGUUGGAUAGCAUUUAGAAUGGGAGCCUUAUCAUUGUAGGUAACAACUAAUGAGGUAGAGUCACCUGGGGUUUUGUAAGCCAAGCGUGGAAGUGAAGCUGCGAUGUGGGCUGCAAGAGAGCUCAGCCAUUCACUGGAUGGAGACAAGAGCGUGGCAUGAUGGCAGGUCUAUCCGCUCAGCAUGUCAAUGAUAACUUGAACUGAAUAUGAAUAUGUUUGGUGAGAUAGCAGUUUGCUUAUGCAGUUGAUACAUCAGAAAAACCAGAAUACUAAACUUCCUUUUGUAUUUUUGUUAUAUGCAAUUAGCAAUUCAAUUUAGUGUACUCUGAGCGGCAAAUUAUCCUGAACAGAAAUAGCACUGCAUGUCAUAAUCAAUAGUUUUAUUGGUCUACCUUGUUUCGUUUGCCAAAUGGUAUGUUCAAAAUAUCAUGAAUUUCUAUUCCUCUAAGAUUACAAUUUUGUUAUCUAUUAUCUAUUGAAUUUGUUUAUCUUGCUUCAGUAUCAUUUGUCAUUUUCUUCUUUUGGAUGUUCACAAACUGAUGAUCUGUGAAAAGAGUGGAAAACGAGAACUUUGUGUUAGAUACAAUUGUUGAAUGGCUGGUCAAGACAAAUUAUGAGUGCCCUCUAUUUGGCCCCUUGAAGACAUUGAUAUGAUGAGACUGAAGAUAUGUGUUGGACUAUUUGUUGCUCGAUGAGCAGGACACAGUUCCAUUGGAAAUUAGGAUGUGUUCUCCCAGAAACCUCUACCAGAAAGGCAUGCACUAUUCUGUUUCAUGUGCUUGUUGUUCAUCUUGUGUGCCUUACCUUACCAUGGUUAACAAUUUGUUAUCCAUCAAGUGUAGUUCUGGAAUAAUAAAGAAACUUCAAUUUGCCAUGAAAAUCUUGGCCUGAUUUAUUGUUCGACAAUAUUAGUGGAGGCUGGGACAAGCAAAUCAGCUGUGUGUAUUAUUACUGAGACUACGAGUUCUGCAUGCUGGUAUAUUCACUUCCAUAUCCAUUUCUUGUUUUCUUUGGCUGGUUGCAGCAAAAUUGGUUGAUAGUUAAGGUCUUAUGGAUAUCAUAAGAGAACAAACUUUGAUGCCUAUGUUUGAAUGUUGUAUAGAUAUUGGCUAGUGGGUAAUUAUUUGCCAGAUUCACCCUUCAUUCGUUGUCAGU